UUUAUUUUAACAUGUACUGUCAACCCCUGUUUCUAACGAACCGUUCUAUUUUAUCCCAUUUCAGAACCCGGAUCCAAAACGAUGGAUCUGUACGAGUUUCUCGUGGAAUCGGAACUGCAGCACUACUACAACUCGCUCAAAAACGAUCUCAAAAUCACCACAAUAGCACACCUCAAGUAUGCCACCGACGAGGACCUGCGGCAGGUGUGUGGCCUUUCACGACCCGAGAUCCGCCGGUUACGGAAGUACUACGAAAAGUACUACCCGCAUGGCUAUUUGAACAAAAUCAAACGGCUGCUGCAGACCCCGAAGAAGGACGACAAUGGCGUGAGCAGCCCCACGUCCAAUGUGGAACCGCUCAAAACGUGUCCCUCGCCGAGCAAGGUUCCCAACAACAAGCACAUCAUUCCGGCCGAUGCAAUCACGGUGAACAAACAGUUAGGAACGGGGGAGUUCGGCAUUGUCCAGCAGGGCGUGUGGACUAACGGGACCGAACGGAUUCAGGUGGCCAUCAAGUGCCUCUGUCGGGAACGGAUGCAGUCCAAUCCGAUGGAAUUCCUCAAGGAGGCAGCCAUAAUGCACUCGAUCGAGCACGAAAACAUCGUGCGGUUGUACGGCGUGGUGCUAGAUACGGAAUCGUUGAUGUUGGUCACCGAGCUGGCUCACCUGAGGUCUUUGCUGGAGUGCCUGAAAGACCCCGGGUUGAGGGUCAGUUUCUUAACGGUUCCGACGCUUUGCGAAUUCGCUGCGCAAAUUUGCAACGGAAUGAUGUAUCUGGAGAACAAACGACUGAUUCAUAGAGACUUGGCAGCACGAAAUAUUUUAGUGUUUAGCAAAAACAAAGUGAAAAUCUCCGAUUUCGGGCUUUCGCGAGCGCUUGGAGUUGGUAAGGACUACUACCAGACGAACUUUAAUGUGAAUCUCAAACUUCCGAUAGCAUGGUGUGCUCCGGAGUGCAUAAAUUUCCUUCGGUUUACGAACGCUUCCGAUGUAUGGGCGUACGGAGUCUGUUUGUGGGAGAUUUUUUCAUACGGUUUCCAACCUUGGGCUGCCCUGACCGGCCACCAAAUACUCGAAGCCAUAGACGAACCAAACUAUCAGCGGUUGGAAAAACCCGAGUGCUGUCCAAAAGAGUACUACUCGCUUAUGUUAAAGUGUUGGCAACAUGACGCCCUGAAGCGGCCCAAGUUCACGGAAAUCUAUCAACUGCUUCCGGAUAUGAAACCAGAGCAGUUGAAAACUAUUGUUUCCUUCAGUGAACCCAAGAAGGACCAUCUCCUGUACCGGCAAGGGGAAAUCAUAACCGUACUGGACAAGAGUACGAACUCUCCGUAUUGGAAAGGUGUGCUUAACUCGGGCAAGACCGGUCUGUUCAAUCCGGUCAACACGGUUGCCUACCUGGAUAGUCUUCCAUCGUCCAUCAAUCGGGAUAGCUUCAGCAGGACGUCGAACGAGCGAACCAGCAAGCGUAAAAUCCGAACGGACAUGAUCUCCCGACCGCAGAACGAUCUGAAACACACGGGCCACGUGGGAAUCGACGGAGCGUACUUUGGCGACGUUGCGUUUCUUGCCAGCCCACAGAAUCUCCCCCGUCAGAUAGUGACCCCCUACAAACCAUCGGAAGACCUGGAACAAACGCCGCUUCUACUACCGCCCACUCCAACCAGUCCGGACUCGAUACAGACCGCCAGUGGGUAUUUCUCCGAAACGCUGCAAACCGGCCACCAGAACUUUGUCAACGCGGGUGAAAACCACGAUCGUUCGACCGUGGACAGUGGAUUGGCCAGUGCGUUCGAUUUCCGAAACAGUGGCUUCAAGGAUAGCAAUCCGUUCAUAAACGUGGACGUCAAUGGAGACUCCGGGGCGCACAAUCAGGCUAAGGAGCCGAGAUCCUCGGACAAUCAGGACCCCCACGAGUACCACGAAAUCUCCGACGACGACAUCCCCACGGAGAAGGUGUUCGACCACGGUACCUCCCUGCUGGACGAGAUGGAGUACAUGUUCAAAUCGAUAUCGACUGCCACCGAGCAGCAGCAUCACCACCAACAGCAGCAAUCUCAGCCACCCCUGUCGCCGGAUGUGGAAAACACCAACAAACGGAACGAACUGGCCGAACUGUCUUCCAAGCUGAACCGUAAAAACAGCUCCAGCUCCGGAACGGUCAGCAAUAAAGGCGGAGGCAAAUCGAAAAAGAAAACCAGCACCGUGAAACCGAUCUCCAUGAAGGACGAAAAGCUGCUGAACCAAGCCAUCGAAAUUGCCAACGAAAUCAGCGCAAAAUCAAUGACCGAUCUGGUAUCGGACUCGAGCCAGCAGACGUCCAGUCCGAAGCGCAAAUUUAGCUUCCGCUUUCCGCACAUCCACGGCGUAGUUGGGGGCGGUAGUGGUGGAAGCGGUGGCAGUGCCGGCAGCAGCCACCACCACUCGUCCGGUUCGGGAUCGAUGGGCCUGGGCGGGGGCAGUGGUGGCGGUGGCGGAGGUGGUUCGGCCGGUGGUAGCCGGGGUGGCAGCGGAUCCGAUAAGGACCACCUGGCGUCGUCGUCAUCGUCCGGUCAUCAUCACCUGUCCGGUACGCUGUCGAGUGCGUACCGCGAGAGGCGAAACUUUUCCGAGGAGGCCAAGAAUGUGCCCGAUUUGCACCGCUACCGUUCGCUCACCGGUAUCGAAAGCUACCGAAACAACGACAUCCGUAUUCCGCUCUUCGAUAAAGAAUCAGCGGAUUUCUGUUUCGAGAAGAGUCGGGAGCUUUUGAGCAAACCGUUCGGUUUGGACAUAUCGACUGCAACCCUGGAUGGGCGCCAUUUUGACAAGAAGACACGUGACUUGAUUGGGGAAAACCUGAUGGAUAUCGAGAAGACCUUGAAUGCGCUGAACUUGGACUUCCUACAGACGUACCAAGAGCUAGAGAAGGCCGACUCGGCUGAGACACUUUUCGGGGAGAGCUAUGGAAGUGGAACUCCGUAUAGGAAGAGUCCUCCGGCUAGUUCUUUAAUGAGGGGUUCAUCACUGGAGAGCGGUACGAAGAUAAGCUCAGUGCUCAGUGAGAAAGGGGGCGGGGGGAGUGGUGGCUCAUCAGUGACGGGGAAGAGUCCGCCGACAAAGAAGCAAUACGAGAUGAAUUUAUUUUCCGAGUUGAACGGCAGUGGAGGUAACGUUCGCUCGCCGAAAGGUAUCCCCAUUAGGGAUUUUAAAUUCCGUCAGUCGAUCGACUCGCGGUGUAAGGAUCGAUCGGAUUAUUACAAUCUUAAAAAUGAAUAUUUGUCUGAUUUGACGAGAAAGCAGCAAACUCAAGUGCUGUCUUCGUCACCGGUUAAAAAGACUGCAAAUUCGAGCAAUCAAUCGAUCAAUCAGUUGUACCAGAUAUACAAUACUCCAAUGCAGAGCAGGAAGUUUGAUGAUCCUAGCUUAAUAGUUAGCGCUGUUAGUCAGAAUCGACAGCGAUCUUUGUCUUUCACUGAAAAUUAUGAGUUGAAAUCACCUGCUUCGAUAGAAGCUCAACUGCUUAACAUCUGCCAACCGAAACAGAUUCAGCAAGCACAGAGUCAACCGAAACCUGUGCCGCGAAAGGUGUUAGCAUACAAACCGAAAAGUAUUCGUGCUAGGAAUCUACGUAGACUUAGCUAUAACCCGAUCAGUAUGAUCGAGAGUUCGUCUUCCAGUAGCGAAAGUGAACUGGAUCGAAACCACGCCCAAUCGGAGUGUGACAUUCGAUCGAAGCUCAGUUCUCGACGUAGACGACAAUACAUGCAAAGACGGUCGAACAGUAACAGUGCCAGUAGUCAGGACAAGCUAUACGGAUCGAACGCUAGCAUUAAGAGUGCUCCUCAAUAUAACUACAACAGCGAUCGGCAGUACUACAACUACCCUUACAACUACACAGACUACGCCGACAAUGACGAUGACGAGAACAUCUACGACUUUGGUCGAACACCUCCACCUCCACCGCCUCCGGCCAAGUACGCCAAUGAUCCUCCUCCGACAACCUACUCCAACAAAACCCUGGAGCGGGACUAUCUUUUCUCGGAGUUUGAUGUAUCCAAGCUGACCGGCAAGAGUCCAACCACCCAAAGCUACUUCGGCGCCCAGCAAGGCUCCACCAACGUGCAGACACUCCAGAAGCAAUCGUCCACCGGCAGCGGUGGUCUUCCGGCUCAAAUCCCGGCUUCGGUGGCGGCGGUUGCCCAACCCCAGCCCCAACCGGGAUUCCAAUGGCCGGAGAAGAUCCACGGUGCCGUUGUCAAGCACAACGACAUGCUGUGGCGACAGAAACAGCUCUUCGGCGGUUCGGUCGGUUCGGGCCUGGUGGCACCACCCGGUACUUUGGUGGGUGGCGGUGGAGGUGCAGGUGCAGGCGGUGCGGCGAAGGAUAACCGAUACUCAAGCGAGACGUCCUCCACGGAGACGGACUCGGUUGAUUUUCGGCGGGAGUUUGUACCGAUGAUGCCGCCGAGUCCGGCACCGUGAGGGUGCCGGAAAGCAGACGACGUUCGGAUCGUUUGAUAGGGAUGAGGACCGUAGUCGAAGAUGGUUAGGUGACAUUUGUUUAAGUUUUUUGUCGGGCAAGUUGAAGAUUUGGUUAGACCUCUUAUGUGUUACCCACGUCCGUCCAAAGUUAUCGGAAAUUAUUCCAGUGAAAAAGUAAGAGUUUCCCAAUGAUUGUCAGUUAUUACAAGUGAAGUAAAUAGUUUUUGUUUAAUGAUUUUUCAGUGCAGUAUUUGAUAAUUUUGAUAUUUUUUUUCAUCUGUAAAAGAUUGUCGUUUGGUUACCUUACUUUUAACCUGUUCAACGACCCUUAAACUUGUAAUUGUAAAGAGUUAAAGGACAUAGUUGCUGGAAUACAAAAAUGGCACCGAAUAAGUAGUUGAAAACUGAUUUGUUGUGGUUUUUCAGUCUUGACAAAAUCAAAAUGCUGUUAUUUUAUUUUGUCCAACGUUUCGCUCCGUUUGGGACCCUCCGAGAGGAAUUCUAAAGAAAAUCUCAGGAGAAAUACCCUAGAAGAAAUUCUUGAAAGAACCUCAGAAGGAAUUCUAAAAAAAAAUUGCGUAGUUCUUCAGGGGUUGAUCAAAUCCAACAACUCUAUAUCAUCAUAUAUGAUUUGGCUUGAACAUACUAAACAUUUUAAAGCAAAAUUUAUCAAAUACUGCACUAUGGCUUCCCUUUUUUAAAAUUUUGAUACGAAUGGCAAAUAACAGAAAUGACUAAGAACGUAUCGACAGUUAAAGAAUGAAAUUGAAACUGUGAAACAAACUGAAAUUUUAACACUCACAUAGAUGCAUAUUUAUUGUAAAAUUUAGGGUUGGUUUGAAGAAAGAAGAACACGAAAAAAAAAAUCAGAGAAAAGAAUAACCACUAACUGCUGCAGGGUCAUAAACUAUACUUAAUGUAACAAAUGUUGAAAGCGAAUACUACACUCAAUGAAAAUACAAACCUACACAGACACACUUAUCCGCGCAGUUUAACUAGAGUUCUAUCUAAUGAAGCAAACAAUCGACAUUAUAUUGACAAACAGGACAAACAGGAACAACCAUAGUCUGGAUAGCUCUUCUUUCAGUUCUGCAACCAUUAAAGUGAGAUUCAAAAAUCAAUCAGAACAAAUUCGAUCGCACAAAUGCGCACAAAGCUA